AUGACGGGACGCAGCGAUCACUGGUCGGAUCUCGGGCCCAGAUGGCACGCGUACCACGCCCGCAACACCUCAAAUCAAGGUGCCGCACACGCUGGUGUUUUCAGCCAAACCCAAGCGAGCUCGUUCAAAGCGCCGAUGCGCAUCAUCGACGUGGUCCAUGCGCCGUCGCAACCGCUGCUCGGAGUAACCUUACGCAGACUACCCCCUGCGCUUCCCGCAGACAUUUGGGCAGUCAUCAUCUCACAUCUAGACUACAAGGAUCUCCGCCAGAUUCGUCUCUGUUCGAGAUGGAUGGCGCAGGAGGGGGCACGCCAUCUGUUCAGAUGCCUGAACAUCCAUUUCGACGAGGCGGAUUUGAUUCGGAUGCUCUGCGUAGCGAAUACUCAGACGCUAGCAAAGAUGACCCCGUCAAACUUCCAGAGAGCCUACGUCGCCAUGGACGAGGGGCUUCUUAAUCUCGUCAACUUAGAAGCCAUCGAGCUUGAUGUCAAGUGCGACGACCAUGGAGCCCGAUGGCGUGGAUGCAUGAUUGACACAUCAUGGGACGAGAAUACCGACACUUCGUGGGACAACGUGCUCCCUAGACGCACGAAGAAACUGUAUCACGGAGCCGCCGAAACCGCCUUCAUCUUGCGGGCGCUGGGGUGGCGCAACUCUUUUACAAACACCCUAUCUUCCUUGACCAUAUCCCUACCGGGCGAAGCAGCGCGGCACUCGUGGCGGCCACCCCAUCUCAACGAGCUUUGGGACCAAGCAUGCGGCGGCGGCGGCGGCGGCGGCCAGCACGGUGUUGGCAGCAGCACGACGCCGCCGCCCAACAGCCUCUUACCGCUGCAAAAGGACCUAAUGACCGACGCCUUCCACCACCUCAAGAGCCUCGAGAUCAACAUCGGCUUCUGCGGCCUGAUGUCGCCGCCCAACGCCCAAAGCACCGACGUGCUAUCCAGCUUCCUGCGCGCCGCCGCCGCACGCCGCCUGGAGCGCAUCAGCAUCACCCUUAGAUGGGACGAAGACUUCGACCACCUUCAGUACCACAUAUACAAGUGCGAAUCCUGGGCCGCGCCCCGCAGCGCCUUCACCACCACCUCCUCCCCCCGCGCCACCACCACCACCGCCGCCCACGACGACGUCCUCGCCAGCCUCCUCACCACCACUACCUCCUGGCCCGCCCUGAAAGACAUCAUGCUCGUCGGCAUCAAAACCACCUCCGCCACGCUCCUCUCGCUCCUCGCCACCCUCGCACCCCAGCUAGAAUCGCUGCACCUCGAAUUCUGCAUGCUCGUCGGCAGCGACAACAGCGACAGCGACGUCGUCGUCGACACAUGGCCGCGCGUCUACGAGCGCAUGCGCGCGCUACAUUUCCCCCGCCUCAAAGACGUGCUCUUCCACGAAUGCGUCGACUUCGACCCCCAGCGGCGGCGACUAGGACCGCAGCUCGACCCGGCGCUGGAAGACGAGCUGCUGCCGCCGACGUAUCCGGCUUUUCCGCCUGCCGUGCUGCAGUACUCGAUUCUCGGUGGCGUGAGGGCGGGGGAUAGGCCGUACGAUGACGACGAUAGAAGGCCUGUGGCCGGGUCGUUUGUCAAGGUUUGGCCGGAGAGCUUGUAUGAUUAUAUUUUGCGGAGGACGGAUCGCAUGCCUCCGUGCUAUGUGAGGUGGGUGAGGAGAGCGCCGACGGUUGAGGAGUAUCGGCAGCGUGUGUUUUCUAAUGAUGAGGGUUAG